UCAUAUGUCAUCUUGCCAUGGAUAUGUCUUUGUCAUCCAGGUGAUCUAAACUGUUCAUCCUGCGUUAUAGUCAGAGGAGGAUUAAUUGGGUCUGUUGUAGGUGCUCUGUGCCCCAUUACAUUGGCUAUAUUUCUAAAUGGAGCCCUGGCAGCAAGGUACACCACAGCUCCCUUGCCACAAAUGGGAAAUAUCUUGCGCUUCUGGAUCACUGCUUCUAGACCAGUCUUUAAAAAGAUGAGUCUUGUCCUGGCUCUACAAACCAUGGCUGGAGCUUACCUUGGAUCCCGCAGUCAUGGAACAUAUGUGAAAAUGUUGCAGCUACCUCAAACUAAAAAUGGCCUUAAAGAUUAAAUGUGAUAACUAGACAACCCUCUCAGCUGCUUUCCAGGAAAUACCAUAAUAAAAAUGGAACUGAUGGGGGAAGACACUGAGUUGUAAGUAGAAAUGCAAGUCAAGAUUUGCAUCGAUAUGGUCUUUGAAUACAAAAUCCUCUAUUAUAA